AUGACGAAGUCUUAUUACUUCUACACGUUUUUCGUUCCUCUAAUUUUAAGUGUUAGUUUUUUAGUAAUAAAACAAAAAACAGUGGCAGAACUGUGUGAAAUAAAGACGUGUCCGUAUUGUUAUGGCAAGAAUAUGUGUAACGAAAUAGCAAAAAAUAAAAUUACUUUACAAUAUGGCCGCGUUUCGGAUUUUAUUUUUAACAUUUUCAGCGUGAAAAAUGUGUAUUUCGCCACCUAUAACAAUAAACCGGUUAUUUUGAAAAAAUUAGCUCAUAAUUCCGAAAUACAGAAGUUCGACAAAGACCUUAGUGAUAAGAUAAUUAAUUUGAAACUGUUAAGAGGUACUUUGAACUUCAAAUUGACUGAAACUUUUGAAAACUCUCAUUUUCCUCCUUUUUAUAUAUGCGAUAACGAAACAUUCGAUAUUUUUUGGGAGCUUUUGAAUCCGUCGAGUAUUAAAAGUACUUAUACGGUUUUAAGUCUCAACGCCGAACCGAUUUUGCUUCAACUUUUCAGUAAGGAACAAAAAUUUGCAGUGCCUAAAUUUUUCGGAGCUUGCGGUAGAGUGACGAUUCAAGAAAACGCCGGAAAACCUUUGCUCAAUAUCGAAAAAUUCAAUUGGUAUCAAAGAGCAAAAGUGGCUUAUAAUCUGUUGAAUGCCGCUCAAAAUUUCACGAAUGACCAUAGAGAUUUUCGACUGUAUCUGACUGACAUAUCGCCUGAUAAUAUAGUGGUUGAUCAUAAUCUCGAAGUCAGCUUUAUUGACUUAGAACAUGCUAUUUUGAAGAAAAAGACUGAAAAUAUAUCUGCUGGAGAUGUACAUUAUUCUAGGCACGAUGAGGAGGAGUAUUCUUUCGAUCCAAAAGGAAUCUGUGGUGGCAAAUUGAGUGAUCACAAUAUAUAUGGAGUUUGUAGGUUAUUGCUGUCAAAAGAUGCUCCUUGGCCUAUGAUGGAUGGUGGACUCCUCUACAAUCCUCCUAACAACAUUUCAAAUCGACAUCCAAAACUCUUUAAAAAUAUAGAAAAUUGUGUCGAUUCUGACAUACAAACUGACAGGUUCGAAUUGAGCAAUAAAAUAUUGAAAGACUUGCAUUUUAUAUUAAGGAAAGCAAAAAUAAAAAACCUUAUUUAG